AUGGUUGCCUUGCGCAAUGCUCGUGUUCGGCGCUAUGUCCUUCUUUGCCAUUUCUUCUGCUUUUGGCAUUUCGCAGCGCGAACCUUACAGUUCUCUGCCCUGCCGCCGAAUACAAAGCUGUUGAAGGACGUGGAGCACAAUGAGAUGCCAAACUGGAUUCGUGAGCAAAUGUGUGAUUUGGGGUAUGAUAAAGGCGUCUCAGACAACAUGGCCAAGGCGCUCUCAUUUUACAGCCCUUCGGUCUUGGUGGAGGCUUCUCGAGAGAGUUUGCUGGGUGCGCUGCAACAGACAUUCCCAGAUGAUGCACAGCGGAUGAUCAUGGCCCAAAGCCUUUAUGACCGCAUUCAGAAGGGCAUUUCCCAACCACAACCCGUUUCUCGGCAAAGAUUGGUUUCAGUUGUUGCCCGAGUUCGUUGUGUUUUGUUUCUCGUUGAUGUGAGACAGCGUUUAUGUUUCUGUGGCUGCUUUGCUUGGUUUCAGGUUCAGAGCGAUGUUCCCGAGAAUGUCAAGGCCUUCGCACGAGCUUUGGAUGAUGCAGAGCUGGAAGGGCAAAUUCUCAGAACGGAAAAGGGCAGUUUCAAGUUGCAAAACGUUUCUGAAAUUUGGGACGAGAAGCAGUUCUACGUGCGGGACUGCUACACAGAAAUUGCCGACAUCAUGUUGAAGAAAAAGCCCCCCGUGAUGUCGCUGCUGGGCUCGUCUGGGAUCGGCAAGUCCAAUUUUCUGGUAUAUUUAAUCUGGCGUCGCUUCCAAGACAGUGAGCUUAAAGACUUCCCAGUUUUUCUGCACCAGGGGGACAUCAUCCAUCGGUUUCAGAAGGGCGAAGAGCCAAAGAAGGUCGAUGCCGAUACUUUGUAUUCAGCCUCUGCACAAGCUUUGUAUAUCAUGGAUGCCGACAUUGAUGUGGCACAUACGGUCUUUUGCCAGUCUUUGUGGAUUACCUCUGCGCGGAGGCCGGAGACAGCGGCUUUCAACACCGAGCAUUUCAAGAAAGCCGAGCGCUUUUCUGGGCAGUUCUUUAUGCCACCAUGGACGUUGACGGAGAUGCUGAGUGCAGAGGUCAUGGCCUUACACAAGCUGAAUGAGGAGGUUGUCAAGGAACGCUUCGGCAUCUUUGGUGGCACUGCGAGGCUUGUUUUGGAGAGGGACGAGACAAGGGCAGGCGUCGACCGAAGAAGGCUCGUAGAGGCCGUGCAGUCAGCAGAUGCGCUGCAAUGCCUUAAAGUAUCGUCUGACAUGAAAGCCAUAAGCAAGACGACGCACUUGCUGGUGAAGAUGAUGCCAUGGCCAGACUUCAGCUGGUUUGAUGUGCAGUUGUCGUCUCCCUAUGUUCGGCAAGAGCUGGUGAAGCAAAACAGAGCAAAACGAGCCCAAGCUCUUUGGGAUCGUAUUGAUGAUGGGAUGAUUACGGGCAUCGGUUUUGCAUUGUUUGAGGAAGAGUUCCGCCAGUUCAUGCAGGACAAGUCCAUCGGCAAGUUCAAGCUCCGAGCCAGAUGCUUGACAGCUGAGGGGAAGGGGUCUGAUACAACACAGGAACUCCAAGGUGGUCUUGAAGGAGUGCUGAUUUCGGGCAAUCCCGCAGCAGACAUCAAGGAUGGCGAAUACUACCAGCCGCAGAGCAAAAACUUUCCUGCCUUUGACUCAUGGACCUCACAGGGCAUUUUUCAGCUGACGAUUGCCGAUAAACAUGACAUCACCUUCAAUGACAGUGGCAAGGCAAUGGACGUGACGAAGACGCAGGCGUCUAAGAUUGUGGAUGCACUUUGCAAGAAGCAUGACAGCAAAGCCAAAUUCUUCUUUGUCGUUCCGCAGUUUCAGUUUGAUAAGUGGAAGACUGUGCAGACAGUGAAACAGCCAGAGAUGGCUGAGAAGAUUGAGCAAUGGGUCGUGUGCUUUGAACAGAACCUUCCGAAGAUCGGCUGGAUCCUCCAGACUUGCCGUCUGGCGCCCGUGCAGGAGGCGGAAGCGCUCAGGGCUUUGCGUGAGUGCUGCUGCCUGCUCACGGACCUGUACGAGCUGGCGGGACGAGAGGCUCCUGCACAGCCUCUUGAAUCGAGGGCAGGCCCCUUGGAAGAGGAGACCGGGCCAGAGGUGAAGAUCGAAGAGAGUAGAGAGACCGCCCAAAGCAGCGAGGCUGCGAGAGCAAGGUCUGAGGAUCCAGUUGAAGAAAAGAAGAAGAAGAAAGAUAAGAAGAGGAGCCGCAAGAAGGAGAAGUCAGCAAGUGAGGACCCUGGCACGGGAGAAAGGUCUCCUGAAAACAAAGUAAGGAGGAAAAGGAGGAAGUCUAUAGACGACGCGGAAGGAGAAGGUCCAGACGCAGAGCACGAAGGAGGAAGGACAGAGGUCAAAGAGGAGGACGCCAACCCGGGGGAUACCCCUGCAAGAGGUGUCACCGAGGAGGAAGACUUGCAAGAGAGGAUCGACAACUUCGUCGCCAACAACCCCAGGUCAUACGAGCUUGGGACAUUGCCAAUCAGAGACCGAGAGCGGCGAGAUUCGCCAGAGGCAGAUCCGGGAGACACCAGCCGGAGGCCGCCGGAGCCCCUACAUCCCCCCCCGGGAUACCACGGCCGGCGAGAGGACGACGACGAGAUCAGAAGGAGGAGAUCACCACAACCAAAGAAGAACAAGGGAAGGAAGCACAGGACGCGAGGCGUCAAAGCGGUGUUGGAGGCAGCCACGUACUUUCACCAAGGGUGCACGGUGUUGGGUGCAAUCAAGGGUUUCGAGGUCCGAGAGGGAGAGGUCUCUCUUCGGGUGACCUUGCGGGGAACUUCGCACGAGGGGUCGCUGAAGAUGCCCUCCGGAGCCCCAGAGACCACUUACAAGAUACACCCAUGCCCACGGGCCUUCCAGCAGGAGGAGGUCUCGGAUUACACCUGGCAUGCUCGAAAGGUAAGGCUCUUGGGCCUGGUGGAGUCGGAAACAGGAUGGGUUAUGAAAUGGCAGGCGGUCCAACCAGAGAAACGAGGAAGUCAGAUCGGAAGCAAAGGAAACGACAAGGGCAGGAGCGUCAAGGAGGAAAGACGAGGUGCCCGGGAAGGCAUGCGCCCCUGGGGCAUAGAGGAGACGGGGGGAAGGCCCCUUGGAGAGGAGCUGACAUCGGGGGUGGUUACCCCUGGCCGAUACCUCUGCCGCAAAUCGUAUCUUGGGCUCCCUGCCAUAGAGGAGGCGGGGGGAAGGCCCCCUGGAGGAGAGGUGACAUCGGGGGUGAUUACCCUUGGCCGACACAAUGAGACGAGGGAGAAGUCCCUUGGAAAAGAUAUGGCUGGGGAGCCCGGCCGAACUGAUGGCGGCUAUGGUGAGGGGAUGGAAGUGGCCCUCUGCCGCAAAUCGUAUCUUGGGCUCCCUGCCAUAGAGGAGGCAGGGGGAAGGCGCCCUGGAGACGAGGUGACAUCGGGGGUGAUUACCCCUGGCCGAUACAAUGAGGCGAGGGAGAAGUCCCUUGGCAAAGAUAUGACUGGGGAGCCCGGCCGAACUGAUGGCGGCUAUGAAGAGGGGAUGGAAGUGGCCCUCUGCCGCAAAUCGCAUCUUGGGCUUCCUGGAGCAGCCGGGACGGAGUGCUUUGGCCAUGGCUGCGCUGAGCAAUCAAUGCAUGAGGCUGCCCCGAAGUGGGCAAGCACGAAUUCCUUUUCUACGCGCGGGGCGGCUGCGGCUAGCUCUGGCUUUGCGGAUGGCAUGGCCCUUGCAAUAACGGCCGAAGCUUUUCAGUCCGCCCAUCGAAAAAAGGACGCAGAUCAAUGUGUGACUGGGAAAUCUUAG